AUGCCGCACGCCACGCUCAGCCACGUGCUGGGCCCUCUGCCUCCCCUGGGCAAGCUCGGCACCGCACAAAGCGGCGGUCGGCAUGGCGAGUUUCAGGCGCAGGAGUCGCCGUCAUUCCCGGUGGAUGCGUCUGACGAGGAGGCUGUGAUCGUGCUGGACCACCGCCCGAGCUGGCUCAACUUGCCGCUCUAUACCUAUGGGCCCGAAGGCGACGCUACAGUGGCGGGUUUCUGGGCGGUGCAGGCGCUGGCCGUGGCGCAUACCUUCCACCCCUCCCGCCAGCCGCACCUCCUCCGCGCAACCCUGCGCCGCUCCGCCCUCUGCCGCCCCAACCCCGCAUGGGGGGAGGCGUUCCCCCCAACCAUCCCCCCCGCGGAACCCACUUUGAAGGAGAUUGCAGAGCGGGAGGCGCUGAGGAGGAGUUCUGGCUGGUUUGGCUGGUGGGUGGGGAGAGGCAGGGAGGGAGGCGGGAGGGGCGGAAGUGAUGGGAGUGGCAGGAGUGGCGGGAGUGCUGAGAGUGAAGAGAUGGAGCAAGGGGUGCGGGGAGUGGGCGCAUGGGUGGAAUGCGCGCAACUGGAAGCAGCGGAGCUAUUCACUCUCUCAGCAUCCCAGAGGCUCAUUCACCUGCAGCACCCCCCCCAGGCGGACCUCAUCCGCGCCCAGGCCUCCGCCAAAGGCAGAGCGCUCUAUGUGCGCGACGUGCUGGUCGCUCCUGAGACUGUCCCAUGGGGAAUGGCGCCCACAUCGACGGGUGUGGGGGGAAGUAGCAGGAGGGAAGAGGGCGGGGAGGGGGGCGGGGAGGAGAACAGAGAGGGGAGUGCGUGGGGUGGAGUGUUUGAGGUGGAGCGAGGGCUGUGCCAUGCGCCGUUUAUCGUGUCGAUUCACAAGCACCGGAUGGGGCGGCAACUGAAUGUGGAUGGUGAGUGGCCACCUUGA